GAAGAUUUCCCGCUGCUUUCGGUUUGGAUGAAACAGGAGCAGAAGCAGGAUAAAGGACUGAUGCAACCAGGAGAAAGGUCAGAUGAGGCUGCUUCUGAUCAGGUUAGUGUGGACAUUUUUGCAUAUGAAGCAAAAAAAAAAUGCAAAAAUCACUGCGGUCACGUUACAUAAUGGAAAAAGCUCUUCUGUUUUGACCUGUUUUGGCCUUCACAUGCUGCAUAUUCAAAUGAGCGCGGCUUGUCAGGCGCUGCGGCUCGCUGUGGGGGGAGUUCCCGGGUGGGAGGAGACAUGACGCCGCGGGGAUUUCCACGCCUCGUGCAACCAAUCAGAGCACGCGGCAGUUGCGGAAACACAAAACUGAGGCAAAGUGCGUAUUAAAAACCAUUCAACACAUGUCCCAGAGACGGUUUGACACCUUCUCGGUCGCUCAGAGCUGCUGCGGAGUGUGAUUGAAAGCUGAAGACGCAAUUUUUUAACCGAAGCACCGGUUUGGAAACGACUCCAGGACGCCGAGCUCAAAUAAAGUCUCCUCACAUGCGAUGAAAGACAUGGACCUCUUCAACGGUGCCCCUGCAGAGGAGCCAACACCCAUCUCCGGGAUGGGCGCGCUCCCCAUCUUCCCUGCUGCGGAUCGAGGCCUCUCAUCGGAGUUUGACCUGAUUGAAGGAAUUAUCUCAGAGGACAACAAUCGGUCAGCUGGUCGCCUCCCUGGUCCUCCUCCUCCUGCUGCCAGCCUCCGCUGUCAGACUCCCCUCAGUCAGAACCACAGGAGACAGCACUCCUCGCCCACUUCUACGCCGAUGCUGGUGGCAAGAGGCGCUGCAUGUAAGACAAAUUACUCUGCACUGCAGGGGGCGUUGUGUUCUACCAGAGACAUGGCUUCACCUCAUCCUUCCCGGGUUUCCUCCUCCUCCUCCUCCUCCUCCUCAGCCGGCCGUGGUCGAGUCUCCUCGUGUUCGUUGGCGUCAAAGAGCUCCGCCGUUUCCUCUCAGAACCAGGCCGACACCGAGUUGCUGGAGCGGAUUCUGGAGAAGCCCAAGCUGGUGGUAGUGGAGGAGCCCAAAGACAGAGGGAUGAGAUUUCGCUACGAGUGCGAGGGACGCUCGGCCGGCAGCAUCCUGGGGGCGUCCAGCACCGACAGCAACAAGACUCAGCCUGCGAUCGAGAUUCAAGGUCCCAUUGACCGCUUAAAGAGGGUCACAGUUACAGUUUCCUUGGUAACCAAAGACCUCCCACACCGGCCUCACCCCCACUGCCUCGUGGGUAAAGACUGUCCAAACGGUUCAGGAAUCUGCAAGGUCACGUUCAAUCCUCACAACAACCGGCGUCACAGCUUUGCUAACCUUGGCAUUCAGUGUGUGAGGAGGAGAGAGUUGGACAUUUCACUUCAGAAGAGAAGAAGCCAAAAUAUCGACCCCUUUCAAACUGGUCACUCAAAGGGCAUUGAAGACAUGGACAUGAAUUCGGUUCGUCUGUGUUUUCAGUGUGAGCUGGAGUGGGACGACGGCAGGAAAGACUCUCUGAACCCGGUGGUGUCCAAACCCAUUUAUGACAAGAAGGCCACGACUACAUCACAGCUGAAGAUCUGCCUGUUGAACCAGUACAGAGGUUCCUGCGCCGGCAAGACGGAGAUCUACAUGCUGUGUGACAAAGUGCAGAAAGACGACAUAGAGAUCAUCUUCAGACGAGGGUCGUGGAAGGCGAACGGUGAGUUUGCCCAGACAGACGUCCACCGGCAGAUCGCCAUCGUCUUCAAGACGCCGCCCUACCAGGACCAGGACCUCUCAGAGGAGGUUGAGGUCAACGUCGUCCUGCGUCGCGUCUCAGACCAGAUGGAGAGCGAGCCGGUUCCCUUCACCUACCUGCCGCACAACCGGGAUCCAUAUGAUGUGAAGAGGAAGAGAGCGACAAUAAAGUCAGACGUCAGAAUCACAGAUAAACCCUGCGUGAUGGCUGAGACAGCGCCUUCAUCAGAGCCACCCUUCCUCCUUGGGAAUCAGAACAUGAUGUCUCCAGAUGAGACGUCAUGCACUGCUCAGCCCAGCGCUGCUGCUUUGUCAGAAAUGUGUCACAGUGAGCCCCAGGACUUCAACUGCACUGACGAUGCUGCCUUAAUUAACCAGCUGAUGGAGAUGCCUGUUUUUUUGCAAAUUUUGAAUGAUGCAAACUUCACCUCCACCAGCACGGACAUGAACUUCAACCUGAACUUUUCCUCGUACCCGCAGGACUUUUCCCAAUACAGCGACAUGCAGUUCAACAUGCUGGUCUGCGAGAACCACGUUCCGCAGUCGGAGCAACAGGAUGGCAUGGUUUCGAUGAACAUGGAGGAGGACAGCAUGGUUCAUCUGAAUCAUGGCAUUCUGAACCCCACCAUGCAACAGGACAGCAUGGUUCACCUGAAUCACGGCGUUUUGACCCCCACCAUGCAACAGGACAGCAUGGUUGAGGUGAAAAUGGAGGAGGAGCAGCUAUGAGAAAGUCUGGACCAUCUAGCACAGUUCAGGUCGAUCAUGGUUUCCACAAGCCCAAUGCAGACUUUGAAAGCAGACAGAGGGCUUGCGUGGCUUUCUGUUCAUACUACAAAAGGUACUCAUCAGUCUGCUAUGCGGAUUCGGCUGGAUGAUUUGGCCUUCAGCACGCUCUGUCUGUUGUCCUUUGAUGUUUUGGGCAGUGUCACGUUCUUAGCAGUCUUAGGUACCACUGUGAUGUCUGUAUAAAAGAUAUGAAGCUCUAGCUAACAGAUUGUUAGCUUAGCGUCAAAUUGAAAAUUGGGAGAAGCUGUCUUGCUCUCAGUUUUUGUGCAGUCAAACAAACAAAACUGAGCUUUCAAGGUUUUGGUAGUCGCUUUGACGGAACACUGCCAGCUGUCCCCCAUUUUUAAUGUUCACGCUAAGCUAAUCAGUUAGCUUCAGCUCUGGAUUUAGUACAAUGAAUUUGGUAUCAAUCGACUCAUAAAGUGCAGUUUUUGUUGGCCUAAGACCAAGAUGAAGCAAUUCACCUCCUUUGUUCCAGCUGCUUGCACUUUAUAACGUGCUUGUAGACUCAUUUGGUUUCACAAUUCUGCACUGCCCUUUGUAUUUAGUUUUGUCUCAAGGCCUUGCUGGUCGAGGCUUUAGCAACCAAGUGCAGCUAACAUUCCUUAAUAUUUCCCAUAAAUGCUGCAAACAUUAAUUUUAAAGUUGUUAAGUCCGAAGUGGGUGAUUCUCUGUUAGCGUUGAGCUUAAAAAGAGAACUCAUAAACUUCUCCAUGCAACCUGGGAACAAUAAAACUUCCAUAAAUUGAUGUUUAUUCUAGUAAAUCAUUGGCUGAACUAUCAGUCAUGUAAUAUUUGUGUAUUGUCUGUUAUGUUUGCUUCAGUGUGAUUUUUGGGAAAACAAUCCAACUUCCCUCUCGAAGUUGGCGGCAGUUUAAAAGGAAUUUUUUCUGAAAGUCUCAAGUUCAAUAGUAUCAGGUUCCUUCUUUACGUCAGUUAUUGCUCUCUGUUGAUGUGCUGUCACAGCAGCUGUUAAAUAUUUAAUCUGCUUAACUGUAAUAGAAACUGCUCCUCCUCCUAUUCAUAGCUCUGUCUGUCAGUUCCCUUUGUUCUGCAGUUUCACUCUCGUGCAUUUUACAUUUCCAGUGUCACAUGUGCACCUCUGCCCCCUCACUUUAGUGUAAAUAUGUAGAAGAAAAAUAAAGUCUGUUGUGUGUUA